GUCAGGCUCACAGGCUGUAAUGUCAGAAUCAGAUUUGUGCUGCAAGUGUCAAAGAGUCAUGCAUCAUAUGUUCGGUACGUGGCGAAAAAAGAUUUUAAUAAGUGAUAACUUCAGAUUUUUGUGAAAAAACGAGAAGAUUAUAAACUAUAGUGCACUUACUUAAAGUACAAAUUUGAAGCAAAGUAGUUUUAUGUGUAAAAUUUUACAAUGUCUAAAAGAAGUCAACCUAGUUGGUCCCCACCGGUUAAGCCCGGGAAGAAGCCGGUUCUAAAGCUUUAUAACAGCUUGACUAGGCAGAAGGAAGAAUUUGUGUGCGACAAUGGCAAUCGUAUCAACUGGUACAGUUGCGGUCCUACGGUGUACGACGCCUCCCAUAUGGGCCAUGCCAGAUCAUAUAUAUCUUUUGAUAUAUUAAGACGAGUAAUGGCCAAUUACUUUGGCUAUGAUAUACUCUAUGUUAUGAAUAUAACAGAUAUAGAUGACAAAAUCAUAAAGAGAGCAAGACAGCAUCAUUUGUUUGAGAAAUAUGUUGAAGAGAAGAAAAGUCUGAACUGUAUUAUAGAUGAUGCAACGUCAGUAGUGAAUUACUAUGAAACAAUUGUUAAAGAAGCCACCGACCCUGAUAAAAAGAAUGCCAUGCAAAAGACAUUAGACUGCAUUGCAUCUGCAGUAAAAAACUUGAAAGUAGCUGUUGAAGGUAAUGAUGAUGCAAUUAUCACAAAUGCAAAGUGUGAGCUAUUGCAGUCAGCUAAGGGUCCUAUAUCAGAAUGGCUGGACAAUCAAUAUGGUGCUACAGUCACAGAUAAUGCUAUAUUCACAGCCCUGCCUAGGUAUUGGGAAAAUGAGUUUCAUAAAGAUAUGAAAGCAUUAAAUGUAUUACCGCCAGACGUAUUAACAAGAGUGAGUGAAUAUGUACCACAAAUAAUAAAGUUUAUUGAAAAGAUAAUAGAUAAUGGUCUCGCUUAUGAAUCAAAUGGCUCAGUGUACUUCAGUGUGAGUGACUUUGAUAAAAAUGAUAAACACUAUUAUGCAAGGCUAGUGCCCGAAGCUUAUGGAGAUACAAAGUCAUUACAAGAGGGAGAAGGUGAUCUUACGGACGACACAAGUGAGAAACGGUCUCCAAAUGACUUUGCUUUAUGGAAGCGGAGUAAAGCGGGUGAACCUUCAUGGUCGUCGCCUUGGGGAGCGGGCAGGCCCGGCUGGCACAUCGAGUGCUCGGCUAUGGCAUCCGACGUGUUCGGUAGCAAGUUGGACAUACAUACAGGGGGCGUUGACCUCAAGUUCCCCCAUCAUGACAACGAGCUUGCUCAGAGCGAGGCACACUUCGACCAGCCAGGCUGGGUGAACUACUUCCUUCACACUGGACACCUUACGAUAGCUGGCUGCAAGAUGUCCAAGUCUCUGAAGAACUUCGUGACGAUAUCUGAAGCGUUGCGUCGCCACACCGCCAGACAGCUCAGGAUAGGCUUCCUCAUGCACGGAUGGAAGGAAACCCUCGACUAUUCGGACAACACCAUGGACAUGGCGAUACAAAUGGAGAAAUUGUUUAAUGAAUUCUUCCUGACAGUGAAAGAUGCGUUACGUAGUGGGUACGACGAGGGUAGCGGUGGUGUAUGGGACGAGCAGGAACAACAGCUGUCCAACAAGCUCACGGCUGUCAAGGAUCAAGUACACGCUGCACUUUGCGACAACAUAGACACGCGCAGUGCGCUGGACGCUCUCCGCGAGUUAGUGGGCGCAGCGCAUGUAUACUUACGCCAGACUACGCCCCGUAGCUCCCCGCUAUUGGCCGCUGCGGCGCGUUACGUUACCGACAUACUGCACGUCUUUGGAGCUGUUGAGGGCCCAAGAGGAGGUAUCGGCUUCCCUGUGUCUGACGGAAACAAUGUUUGCCUGGAAGACACAGUGAUGCCAUACCUCGAAGCGUUGAGUAAGUUCCGUAGUUCGGUCCGCGACGCGGCGCGCAGUGCGCAGGCGCCGGCCGUGCUGGCGCUCUGCGACAAACUGCGGGACCACGACCUGCCUGAACUGGGAGUCAGGCUCGAAGACAAGCCAGACCGCACAGUAGUCAAGCUAGUGAGUAAAGAAGAAAUAAUGAAAGAGCGAGAAGAAAAAGCAAGACUCGAAGCUGAGAAACAGAGAAAGAAGCAAGAGUUGUUAGAGGCACAGCGCGCUAAAGAGGAACUCAAGAAGAUACCGCCGGGAGAACUGUUCAAACGGGAGACAGACAAGUAUUCCAAGUUUGAUGAUAAGGGUCUGCCAACACACGACCAUGAAGGCAAGGAGCUGAGUAAAGGGCUUGUGAAGAAGCUGCAGAAAUUGCAGCAAGCGCAGGAGAAGAAAUACAACGAGUACUUAGCAUCCAUCAACACUUGCUGACCCGGUGCAUAUUCUCAUAUCAACAAUGUAUUUGGAUAAAUCUUCGGAAAAUUUUAAUACGAACCAAAUUCUUUGGCUCUAAGCUUAUGAAAAUAAUUGUAAUGUUCCAAAAUCAAAAUUUAUUUCAUAAACUACCUCACCAUCAUAAUUACCCGUAAUAAUUCUACUGUGGAAACAAGAACAGUCCAAUAUGGAAAUAUAUGGGAGAUUUCGGAAUCGAAGUUGGGUCCGAAAAUUGGUCACAAACUUAGGACAUACACCCCCAAAAAAAAACUUAAACUUAAAAUUUUCCGAAAAAAUAUUCCCUCGUAUGUGCACAAAUAAGUUCCAAGUAAAUUCUUUUCAUAGUACACUUGCGGCCAGUGUUGUGUGAUAGUAUUAAAUUAGCUCAAUUAAAAAACAAAACACGAAUUACCGAUGCUUCUUUCUGUACAUACUUUAUAGGAUAAAAUACUCUAAAUUAAAUAAAGAAUAUAUUGAGAUGGUGUGUCAGAUUAUUAAAAUUAUUAUCGUAAGUGGAACUGGGAUAAGUAAGUUUAGAUGAAUGGUAUAUUAAAAUAGUAUUUUGUAUUUUCUCCUUUCAUGUUCAUAGCAAGUCAUUUUAUAUCUUAAUGUUUCUCAUGCAUCAAUGGAAUUGAGUACAUUCCGAGUGAGUGUAUAAAUUGUAUAUGGUUCAGAG